AUGUAUGAAGUCCGAACAGACGUACGGACCAGCAGAAAGAGACCUCGGCAGGCAUUCGACGAAGCAGUGUCUGCUGUACAGGUCAGGUUUCAAGAUGACGACGCGAGUCUUCAAAAUGACAUCAAACGCCAGAUGAGCACCAGCUACGGUUUUGCCUCCAAAAGACGUGCGUUGUCGCGCAAUCGACACGCAAACAUUCCGAAGGGAAACUCCAUUGACGCCAUACUUCCGGAGCUGCGAAUUACGAAGGAUGGCCAGCAAUUUCUUCAACUGGAAGACAAGACUGAAGGGAGGAGACUGCUCGCAUUUUACGCCGAGAAGGACCUGGACGCCUUCGCAAACACGGAGUACAUCCUGGGGGAUGGCAACUUCAAGUAUAAUCCAUCCGAAUUUCACAGCCCUGGACAGCUGUACACAAUACAUGCAAUUGUCAAAGGCGAAGCGCACCCCAUAGUGUACGCAUUGAUGCAGGCAACAGAUGUGAGAGCGUACCAAGCGGUGUUCCACACCUUGAAGGAGUCCAUGGUGCGACGAUUUGGUCACGUCGGGAGCCUAUCCACUACGGCGACCUGGCUAUUUGACUAUGAGUCUGCAGCAAUACGGGCAGCACUCAAUGUGUUCCAGACAGCGACGGGUGAACCCAACGUGCGAGGCUGCGCCUUUCACUAUGCCAAGGCCAUCAACAAGAAGCGAGACGAGCUCGGUCUGAAGGUGUUGUGCAGAGAGAACGCCGAAGUCAACCGAUGGUUUGUUCGAGUGAGGCAUCUGCCGUUCGUUCCUGACGACUUCCGCCUGGCCUUCGCCGACGACAUCCUUUCUGUGAAGCCGGACCUGCCUCCACUACAUGCGGCGCGUCUGGCGCUGUUUGACCGGUACUACCGAGCGUACUGGCUCACGAACAGCCUGCUGAAGGACCGCUGGGGACAAUUUGGGAACCGAGGACCGAGGACCACAAACCACGUAGAAGGCUGGCACAAUGGCCUGCACAGUCGGUUCACGUGUCGUCACCCAAACCUGGCCGAGUUCCUGGAGUUCCUGCGAGUCAGUCAGCACGCCGUGCAAAACAGAGUCCAGGCCCUUCUGUUGGACCCGUUGGCAGUGCCAACCCCGACGUCAGCUGCAGUACGGGAGAGAAACGCGAGCCUAUUGCAAGAAAUGGACUCACUCUCGUGGUACUAG